GAACACGUUUUUGUUUUCCGUCGGGUAAAGAAAUUAAAUAAUUCUAUUUGAAAAAAAUGCACUCACCUUAUUCGAAAAAUCCCAGUUGGGUCAAGCCCUCCCAGCUCACCUCCAUAAAGACCGCAACUUUCACGAAUCGCGUUCACAAUGAUGAAUAUAUUUUUUCGUUAAGGAGCAGCAAAAAUAUGCACACAAAGAAUCACAAUUUAGAAAUUCACUUAAAAGUUAAAUUUGAUUAAUGUCUUAAAUUUUUUUUUGUCUUGCUUAUAAAUAAUCCACAACUACAUUAAAAUGUCACUAAAUAAAUAUUUUUUAUGUUUUUUUUUGAUGAUUAUUUGCUUCUUCUUCUUCUAAUGUUCAGUCCAUUAAUUACAUAGAAUUUUAUGCAAAAAUUAUUUUUCACUUUUAAAAAUCUCAAAAAAGCGACUUUACUUUAUUAGAAAUAAAACAUAAACUUAAGCAAUUUCUUCUUCUUUUUACUUCCAAAAAAGUUUCUUGCUAGAAAAAAUUUUGUGACUACACUUGAUCAACUUUAUGUUCUUGAUUUUCCGUAAAAACUUUAAGC